AUGGGGAAAGCGCCUCGAGAAGUGGGAGGGUUCGUGGCCCUGCCACUGAAACUUCAAGCAACAGGCGCGUUUCACACAGAAGCCACUCACUAUUUGUAUCUCAAGCCUCACGAUCCCCCAGUCCCAGACACAGAUGCACCCCGAUCUCUGUUUCUGGUAAACAUACCAGUCUCCGCGUCCCCUGCCGCAAUCAAGCACCUUUUGACGACACAACUCGAGGGUGGCCGUAUUGAGAAGGUUGUUUUCACAGAAGAUGUGCAAGCAAAACCGGCUGCUACCUUGAAGUCGAACCGCAAGCGGAAACGGAUGACAGCCGAAGAAUUGGAGGUCGGAUUAGAUACCCAUUCUCUCCCAGGCGUGUUCGACAGUCAAAUUUAUCAGAGCGGCUCCUCGGCUAUAGUGGUCUUCGUCGACAAGCCAAGCAUGGAGCUUGCGUUGAAAGCCGCCAGACGAGUCGCGAAAUCGGGCCCGUCGAUCACAUGGGGACAGGGUGCUGAGGCCAUCCUACCCCGAUUGGGCGUGAAAAGAUACGAACACCACAAGCACUUGCAAUUCCCCUCGAGGAAAGAGGUGCUCCGAUCCGUAAACGGGUUCAUGACUGCAUACGCACAGUUGGAGGAAGCCCGAAGCCGUGAGACUGCGCGAAAACGACAGGCGCCAGACGAGGAUGGCUUUGUCACAGUGACAAGAGGCUCAAGAGGCAGCGUCCGCGCCGAAGAAGCGAAGGAGAUUGCCGAGAAGCACAAAGAGAAGAGCAAGAGCCUGGAGGAUUUCUACAGGUUCCAAAUGCGCAACAAGAGGAAAGAGGAGCAAUCCGAGAUGUUGCGGAAGUUCGGGGAGGACAAGCGGAGGGUGGAAGAAAUGAGACAGAGACGAGGAAACCCGACGCCUGGUUGA